AUGACGCUCGACGAUCUGAUUCUCAAGUGUUUCUCCACAUUGUCACCGAAGUGCAAAGAUGAAGAGCUCGAGGAUCUCAUCUACUUCAUCCUGGACCUCUACUCGUUCCAUGGCGUUCCAGUCGCUAUUGCAGAAGUCGAUAUCGCUCAGCUGGUGGUAGACCUUCGGGCUGUGUUGGAAGAACACGCGGCGAAACUUCGGCAGUGGAAGAAGACAAUUACAGGAAAGUCGACCACUUCAUUGGCGAAGGAUCAGGACGAACACUUGUUCUUGGUCCUUGACAAGAAUGUUCAAGGGAUACCCUGGGAGAGCAUACCGAUUCUGAGGGGGCGAAGUGUCAGUCGAAUCCCGAACAUCGAGUUCUUGUACGACAGGCUUGCAUUCGCAAAGUGGAAAAGACAGGGCGAGCUUGUGGAGGACGAAUUAAUCACUGGAGCGGUCAUUGAUCCUCGAAAAGGAUACUUCAUCUUGAAUCCCAGUGGCGAUCUAGCUCGAACUGAAGGUCGAUUCCGGGAUUGGGCUCAUGGGAUGAAGAAAGCUGGGUGGGAUGGUGUGAUUGGCCAGGCUGUUAGUGAGCAGCAGUUUGUGAAUGCGCUGAAGACGCAGGACUUGGUUGUUUACUUUGGCCAUGGAGGUGGAGAACAGUAUAUCCGAUCUCAUAGGAUUCGCAGCCUUCCGAAAUGCGCUGCAACUAUGCUUUGGGGUCGUUCGUCGGGUGCUCUCCGGGAGUUGGGUGACUUUGAUAGGACGGGAACACCUUACAAUUACAUGCUCGCUGGGUGUCCUACGCUCGUCGCGAACUUGUGGGACAUCACGGACAAGGACAUUGACAAGUUCUCUCAAUCCGUCUUUGACAAGUUGCGUUUGACUCCUGCGGAUGAUAGCAAAUGGAACGAACCCGGCAAGGAAUCCCACGCUUCUCCUUCUCUAUCUCUGGUGGCUUCUGUGGCACAGUCGCGGGAUUCAUGCAAGCUGAAGUACCUGACCGGAGCAGCUCCGGUGGUGUACGGUAUACCAUUUUAUAUUUGA